AUGCAAGACGUCCACAUCGACCUAUUCCUCAAUAUUUUAAAGGGAGGUGCACUUGCGCUUUUGGUUAUUUGGACCAUUGCUGCCAACACACUUGUAUUUGUUGUACUCUAUAAAAAUCCACAUCUUCAAACUGUACCUAAUUUACUGGUUGCCAAUCUUGCCUUCAGCGAUUUGUGCCUUGGAGUCAUCGUAUUGCCCUUAUCAUCGAUCUAUGCGAUCGCAAAUGAAUGGAUUUUCACAUCGACACUUUGCGUCGUUUUCGUAUCAGCAGAUAUCUUGUGCUCCACGGCUUCUAUCUGGAAUUUAUCCAUUGUUGGUCUAGAUCGUUACUGGGCAAUAACUACACCGAUGGCAUAUAUGGCUAAGCGGAAUAAAAGGACAGCAGCUUUCCUGAUUUUAUCCGUUUGGCUUUCAUCCGCCUUAAUUAGUUUAGCUCCAUUAUUCGGAUGGAGACAGGUUGCGGAACGAGGUAACAUGAUACGAGUGAAUGGUACAUGGCAAUGCGUAUUUCUGGAUUUACCGUCAUAUACUAUUUACAGUGCAACCGGAUCAUUUUUUAUACCUCUAAUUAUUAUGUUCUUUGUGUAUUAUAAAAUUUAUCAGGCAUUUACUGAACAUCGCGCUCGUCAAUUAUACAGACAGCAGGUAAUUAAAAAACAUAUUGAAUCAACGAUUUUGCAUGAUUUACCAACAGAUGAUGAAUUUGCUGAAGAAUUGGAGAAAAAUGAAGAAAGAGAGAGCAGUUCCGCUUCGAAUAUUUGCAAAGAACAACUAGCUCAACCAAAAUGCAAGGAAUGUGAAGAGUGUGUUUGUGACACAGCAAAUGAAUCCAAUCCUCGAGAAGUGCGCAUCAUUCAAACUGAUAUUGAAUCAAACAAAGGGGAAGUUGUGGAAGAUGCAAAAUCUCAAGAUCAGAAAAGAGCUAUAAAAACGAUAGAAGCAGCAACAAAAACUACUUAUUCAAUUAGUGAUACUGUCAUCUUAUCCGAAAAUAACAUCACAAAAGGAAAGAAAUCAGUGAAAUGUUGUCAAUGUGGGAAAACCGAAAUAAGCAAAAUGCAUUCGGUACAACCUCUUAAAGCGGCAUCAAACUGGAAAGUAAUGUACAAGAGGAGGCGACAACAGUCGAAAAGGAACACUCGAAUUACUUUGCAACAUAAUCAAAGAAGUAUUUCGACUGCCAAAGAGCGUCGAGGUGUGGAAGUUCUCGGCAUUAUUUUAGGUUGUUUUGCAAUUUGUUGGACGCCGUUUUUUAUAAUGUAUGUAGUGGUGCAGUUCUGUUCAUCGUGUCAAAUUGAUCCGCACAUAUGGAUGUUCAUCACUUGGCUGGGUUACAGCAAUUCGGCAAUGAAUCCAAUUAUUUAUACGGUUUUUAAUCAGGAUUACCAGAACGCUCUCAAAAGGCUAUUUCGUAGAAGUAAAAAGAAAUGUAAAGCAUGUAAAGCGGUAAGAAUGUCGAAGACUUCAAGGUAA